AUGCCCUGGGCCUGCAUCAACGAGGCACUGCGGUAUCACGAGGUGCCACCUUAUCUCCGGCGUCUGGUGCUCCGUGGUACCAACCUUCGAGGCGUCGCCGUCGUCUGCUAUGCGGACGACACGCUCGUGACGGCGACGGCCAGGACCUUUCAGAGGGCGUCCCUGCUCGCCUCAUUCGGUACCGAAUUGGUGGUGCGCAGGAUUCGGCGACUGGGUCUCGCGGUGGCUCUCCACAAGACCGAGGCCCUUGCCUUCCAUGGGCCUCGGAGUAGGCCGCCCAUCGAGGCCUACAUCUCUGUGGAGGGCGUGCGGAUACCCGUCGGCUCAAAGAUGAAGUAUCUCGGUCUUCAUCUGGACAGCCGAUGGGACUUCCGCGCGCACUUUGAGGCUCUCGCCGAAGUUGGUACGGACGGCCGGUGCUCUCGGCCGUCUGCUACCAAACGUCGAAGGUCCUGGCAAUCCCUGCCGGAAUCUGUACGCUGGAGUCGUGCGGUCUAUGGCCCUAUACGGUUCUCCCGUAUGGGCCAAUUCCCUGAACGACCGCUGCGUCAGGCUGCUGCGAAGACCGCAGCGCAUGGUGGCGCAGCGUAUCGUCAGGGGCUACCGCACGAUCUCACACGAAGCGGCUUGCGUAUUGGCGGGCACUCUGCCCUGGGAUCUCGACGCGCGGGCUCUCUCUUCUGUCUUCUGGUGGCGGGAAGAGAGCUUGCGCCGAGGACAGAGGCUAGCCCCCAAGAGGUCGAGACCACUCUGGUCUCCCUCCGCAACGCCGCUGUGGAGGAAUGGCAGCUCAGGCUGGAGAGCCCGAGUGCGGGCUUGAGGACCGUCGCGGCAGUGCGACCCGUCCUUCGACAGUGGUUGGACAGGCGCCACGGUGCGCCGACAUUCCGGCUGACGCAGGUGCUCACCGGGCACGGGUGCUUCGGUGCAUACCUGUGUCGCAUAGCCGGGAAGGAGGAGUCCGCCGCGUGCCACCACUGUGGCAACUGCCGCGAGGACACGGCCCAACACACUCUCGAGGAGUGCCCAGCCUGGACGGAAGAGCGCAGCGCUCUCUUGGCCGUCAUCGGAAGCGACCUCUCGUUGCCGACCGUGGUCGCCGCCAUGGUCCGCAGUCGGAGGUCGUGGCGAGCUAUGGCCUCCUUCUGCGAGCGUGCCAUGUCGCAGAAGGAGGCCGCGGAGCGGAUAGGGAGCAGACCGAUCCCGCCCGCCGCCGCCAUAGGAGGAGAAGGAGGCGUCGGGGCGACGGUGUCUAACCCGUCGCCCUGCGCCUCGUGGGCAACCGGGGCCGCCGCUCCUACCAUCCAUUAA